AUGUCGGACAAAUCUGGAAAAUCAGAAUCAAGCUGCUCAGAAAGACAAACACUAAAUAAGAUAAAAUCUAAUAGUGGGUCACUAACGACUGCAAAAGCACUUACUAAAACCCAACAUAGUUCAAAAACAAAAUUGGUCGAGUCUACAGAUAACUGCGUGCCUAAAGUUGACGCCCAGAAUGUAACCGCUGGCUCAGAAUCGGAACAAUUUCGUAACCAGCCUUCACCUACCCUUGAAACAGAAGAGAUAUUCAAGCUAUCCUCUACCCCAGAAGCAACCACAUCAUCGCCUUACUUGGAGGAAGCUAUAAUGUCUUCUCCUCUUCCUACCAGAUCGGAUUCAAGUUUACUACGUAUUAAAACCCAGAUCCGACAGGCUAAAGCAGUUGAAGCAGGAGAAACCAUGAGAAGAACGUCUGAGGCGGAGGACCAAAUUGAUUCCGAUAACGACAGUGGGGACACAAACACUUCCCUUGACAACUCUACUCGCUCUAUAAGUGGCAGUCGGAUGUUUCUUAACGAACUGCCAAGACAUGCGAAUGAGAUACUACAACGCUCUAAAUCAGAACUGGAAAAGCCUGGUAAUCUCAAAAGAGAAAUACGAGAAAGUGUAAUAUCUGGACUAUACACUUUGUACGAAAUGGUUUUAAAGCUCUCGGACUCCAGAAUGCUUCACAUGCUCGAAGCCAAUAAACAGAAACUAAAUGUCUCAAAAGAAUCCGAGCGUUUAACUCAAAGACACGCACGGUUUAUGCACGAAACGCUAGGACAAUACGCUCUUUUAAAGGAAUGUGUUGACAAACUGCAAAGGGAAACUGAAUCCAUGAGAAUGAUCAUGUCAUAUGACUUAUGCACAGCGAUCACUGAAACUAAGCAUGAGGUGACUACAGUCAGACACGAAAUGUCAUCAACUAGCUGCAUAUCUAAUCAAAUAAAGACAUUAGAAGAAGAACUAAGACUUCUUCGCAAGGAAGCGGAAUCUCAAAGGCAUACUAUCACGAAAGAACUGGCAAGCACGUCUCUCACUGCUGAGCUGCAAGAGAUACGCAGUGCAAUAAAUGAUAUCAAGUCAAAAUGGUGGUCAUUAUUUCCAGGACUUCCGACAGUUUCCACUGAACAAGAGAAAAGUCAGGAGGAGCAGGUUCAGGGGAUUUCUCAGGAAUUACGACAAGAAUUUCAUCAAUUAAAAACGCAGUUCCAAGAAGACAUCACCGACCUGCGCAGUGAAAUCUCCCAAAUUUCUCAGGAAAUAGCAAAACUCAGGAAGUGCCCUGCUGAUUCUUUGAUCACGUCAGUACAAGCCAGCGUUGAAGAACUGAGGCGGGAAACUAGAGAACUACAGGACACUACGGUGGAAUCUGCUGCACCUAUCAGAAUGGCUAUAGAAGGACUUCGAAAUGAGGUCAGAUCCCAAUCAAUAAUAGACAGAGCAAACACGGAAGAUAAGAAUCAAGAUAAUUCUCUACAAGGACAGCGCAAACCCGAGAAAGCUUUAACACAGAAGCAGACAGUUGUAAAGCCCUAUUUACCACCUAGAUCAUACUCAGAAGUUGUUGCUAAGCCCAACUUCUCCAUAAUGGUAGAAUCUGCUGAUCCCCGAAACACCAGUGACGAUUUUAUCAAACAGGUCGUUGUGCAAAGUGUUAAGAGUAUGAUUGAAAGUACAAAUUUAAUUAUAAGAAGUGAAUUUGCUGACAUAUUUUCUCUUGAACUGAAAGACCCCAAACAAAUGCAUAUAGUAAUUCCAGAACCACUUCCUUUACCUCCAGCACCACCUGGUAAAAAAGGAAGGAAGAAAAAAAAAGCUAAGCCAAAGCGUAAAAAAGGAAAAAAGAAAAAGGGAAAAGUUGUGGAAGCGCCACCAUCUGAACCUGUUAUACAGUCGGGGCAGUCAGUUCUAUUUUCAUCUAGCGCUGAACUCCUUAUACAGAAUAUGAAAAGAUUCCCUCUUGAACUAUCACUGUGGAAUAAAGAGGAAAACUUGUCUUACAUUGGCUCUAUAUCAAUACCGUGGGACCCAAUAUUUUUACAAUAUUUGGAAACUAUUUAUAAAUGUCAGGACACACCGCCUGUAACGCUAAACGAAGAAUAUAAUUUAUUUGAAGAGGUUACGGCAAAAUUGAUAGCAAAGAUCGGAAUUCAAGUUAAACUUUCGUACUUAGGAGACAAAGUCACUGCAGCUUUUCGGACUCUCUCUGAAGAUCCAGUGAUAAAAAAAGUUUUGUACACAGGCAUGAAUUCUAAAACUACUUCGUACAUGUGUACAAUGAAAACAACCGAUGAAAUAUUUGUAGAAAAUUGUAACAAAAUUGAAAAUAAUUUUGUUAAAGAUAAACCACAACCUAAUAAAAUCAUUUACGCUGAUUAUAAAAACGCUCCCGAAGCUAAAUACAAUAUCUUUAAUGAUGGAGAUUACUGUUGUAUGAAUAACGCAGAUAAGCCCCCUAACACGAUAUAUAAGGCACCAGAAACAUGCCCAGAUAUAGAUUUUAUAGCUGACUAUGUAAGAAAAAUCAUAGCGUCGUGUAAUGAUAACAUGAGAAUGCUAACACCGCGUCCCACAAUUAAACCGCGAAUAAAAGCGACAGAUAUUGAUAGACUUUGUUACUGUAAAGAAACAAAGUGGCCAGAAAACGAAAUAUCACAAAGGUUUAAAAACGAGGUACAAAAUGAACCAUGUCCAAAAUGUUUAAGUACUGAGAAAGAGGCACGUUCAAAUACGAAUGUUACAUGUUUCGAUAUAGCUAAUAUCAGGGGACCUUGCGGACGACAUGAUUGUAGAAUAGCAAGAGAUAUGAGAGCUUAUAUAGAAAACCUUGUUGAAGAAGAUAAAAAAGAAAUCAACAUAGACGAAAUAUUUGGACCAUGUGGCAGCAAGGAAUGUACAUUAGCUGAAAAAAUACAAGAAUUUCUCCGACGAGAAGGAAUAUUUAAUCAGAGCAACACAUUAGAAGGUCUCUCUACACAGUGUGCAUGCAUAAAACAAAUGCAAACUUCAUUAAAAAAGCGAAAAUCGUGUGACACCAUUUGUAGUGAAGAUUGUGAUACCAGCGAUAGUGGGACAAACUAUUGUGAUACGAAGGAUUGUCCUUUUCGUGAAAAUACUGAACCGAAACAAGUUUAUGACGUUUAUUACUUUUUUGUGCAAUAUGACUUUGACAAAAAAUCUAACACGUCGUCACCUGCAGACAGUAACAAAUCUUCUACGUUUCAGUACUGCUCGUCGCUGUGUCCUAGUAUGAAAACUUCUGAAAAGACAUUUUGCACUAAGAGUGCGUGUUCAUUUUCUUUAAAUACCAAAGAAAAUAUGCCAAAUUGUUAUAUCAACGAAGCAAACGAGGAACAAAAUAACUAUUUAAGCCCAGUAGAUAGCAAUGUCGUCAUACAUUUCGAAGACAUCCAUAACCCGUGUUAUGUAAAAUCUUGUAACGUUGUUGACGUUGUAAAAGAUUUUAUUGUUGAAGGAGCUCAGAGUGAAAGAAAGUUAGACGAGGCCUUGGAGCCCUGUUAUUGUGACUGUGAAUGUUCUUUUAGGUUUUCAAAGAAAACUACUUAUUGUGCUGUUUGUGGAGGCUAUGAAUGUUUAGGAGACGACUUAAAAGACCUGCCUCAACAUGCCAAGCCUUAUCCUUGUCCCGUAUACCACAAACAGUAUGACAAGAAAUAUAUUAAAGUAACAAGCCCUUGGCCUGAAGAACAAGUCCCCGAGAAACAGCCAGAUAACUUAAACGUCAAAAGUUCGAAAGUCGGUGGUGCAUCUAGAGGAGCAUAUUCGGAAAAGAAAUCGAAAGUAACACAUUCAGUAAGAUCUCUUUCUGAUAGACGAUCAGAUAGGCGAUCUUAUAGGAGAUCUGAUCGAAGAUCUGAACAAAAAUCCGAUAGAAGAUCAGAAAAUAAAAUAAAAAAUGCGAUAAAAGUAAGGUCUUUAAAAAAACCUAAACCAAAACCGAAACCAGAAAUUUCAAAAGUUGAAAAAAUAUCUCCACUAGUCGAGAAAAAGCCAGACAUAAAAUAUCCCUAUCCAGCGGUUCCGAAAAACAUGGGUUGGCUUUGGAACGCCGAGGAUAUUCCUGGUAUGAAGGUCCGACCAAAAUGGAGACCUGGUGCAGCUAACAAGAUAUUAGUUCGUCGAUACAAAGCAGUAAGAGAGGGAGUAGAUAUAAUAGCAAAGAAAAAGAGAGCUAUGAUGCAAAGAAAGAAAAAGUUGGAAAUGAAGCCGACACUAGUGGUGAAAAAGUGCAACGGCGAAUACACAGUUCAAAUGGAAGUAUUCAAGAAAUACUCUAAAGAUCGCUUGCAUUUUCAAUAUCCUUACGAUGAAAAACCUCCUCUUAUUUACACCAUUGGAAAAACUGCAGAGGAAAAAGCUAAGAUUCAUAAAAAGAAAGAACGUAUAGAGCGAAGGGAAACAAGAAGAAAGUGUCGGCUUCUUCAAUCUACAUUUAGAAAUAAAUGCCAAGAAAUUUGUUUGAAAGCUUACAAUCAAGCUAUUGGUUUAUUGCCUUUGCCUGAUCCUAAUAAGCCCGAUUGUCCAUGCUAUACUGAUUCAGUAAAAAACUUAAGUCCACCUAUAGACUCUUGUUCUUGUUCAGAUGAAGAAAAUAUUUCAAGUAGUGAUACCGACAAUGAUGAUUGGAUUAUAGAAUUUACUCCCCCUUUGGCUCGUUGGGAUACUAAAGUUAAACACCCACCGGUAUUGUUAGAGAAUGAGUGUCAAUAUAAUUAUUUGGAUUUCAAAGUCAAAUUACUCGAUAAAUCCGGUAAUCCUGUUCCUAGGUACUUUAAAGGUCCUGAUGGGAAACAGGAAUGCAGUGAUCUGGGUGGAUUUUGGGGCCCAAAACAUGAUUGGUUAGAAAUUAAUAAAGACGGUUACAUAGGCCCCGACAAUAGGUGGGUGCCUAUGAAUUUCAUAGGUCCUGAUGGUAUGUUCUAUUCUGCCGAAGACGGUUUUUUUACUGAUAAUACUGGCCGUAAUUUACAAAUCGGUGUAGACGGUUUUAUUGAUAAAGAUGGUAAAUGGGCUUGGUAUUGCAAUAAAAAAAUACCAAGGAGUGAAAAAUCUAAAACGUUAUCUUCAAUUGCAACACGAGAUUUCAAGAAAAGUAAAAUAGAUACGACGCAAGUAAUAUCAAAGGAUAGAUUGCAUGAUAAUUCUGAAAAAUCAACACCGUCUAACUUAAAGGAAAAUAACGAACAAAAAUAUUCCAAAUCGGCAAUGAUUACGACAGGAAAAGGAAAAGUAAAUAAAAGUGUAUCCUAUUCUUCCCCUAAAACAAACAAUCAACUUAUAAUGAGUGUUUCUGUCGAUCAAAUAAAAUAUAAAGCAUUACAAAAACCUCGCGCGGCCAAUAAUGUAAUUCGAAAUAGAUUUGGUAAGUAUAACGAAAUCAUGCAACUGCAAACGUACGAUGACGAAAUCGAACUUAAAUUACAUACGAACGCUGAUAGAGUUUCUAAUACAACCAGAAAGAAAAUUUCUCCAUUUACUAUACGAAGAAAAUAUCCUGGAAAGCUGGAGUCAUUGGUUACUUGA